AUCCAUAAUUAAACUCCAAACUUUUCAAUGAUUUCCCAUUUCCUUCAUCAUUACUAAUAUUUUAAAAUUUAAUUCAAUCGACUUCCUUUGAUUCCGGAUUAUCAGAAGACGCCAAGAUCAACGGGCCAAAAAAGAAAAUAAUCCCCUACUAAACAAUCAUUUAAAAAUAUUUCUACCAUCUUUGUCUCUCUCUCUCUCCUUAACAUGCCUUGCCAACCUGUGUUUUCUCAUCAUCAUCCACUUUCCCCUUGCCACGUGGUACUUGACCCUACAUAGAGUAUGUAGUCAUUCCUUUCAAAAGCUUCAAAUCAUAGCUUCCACCAAAAAGCUCCACACUACACCUAAAUCCCUCAGCUUUUUUCUAUUAAGGAAAAUUCUUAGACAACAAUCACACACAUAAAUAUUCAUAUUGUAUAGGCAGCACUUACUCACUCAAUCUCCACUAAAGCCCUGAUAAUUGAUGAUCUUCAUCAUCAUCAUCAUUAGAAUGGCCUCCUCUUUUUGGUUCCAUUUAGUACUAAUCAUGGCCAUAUUCUCAGUCUCUCCUAUGCUUUCUCAUUCUUCUCAGCUCAGUUCUCAACCCUCUACACUUCUUCCUUCUCCUCCCUCAUUCCCCUCAAACCAACCUUCUUCUUUCCAACAACUGUCCCCAGAUAUCACCCCACUUCUGCCUUCCCCUGGUGGAAUUUUGCCUACUCCAACUGUGUCAUCUGUUCCCACCAUUCCCUCCAAUCCAAGCCCUCCAAAUCCUGAUGAGUUGGCCGCCACCGCUGCCGGCCCUGCCUUCUCGCCAUUCGGACCAAUGCCGGUCUCUACAGCAGGAGCAACAGCUACCUUUGCUUGGCCUCCAAGCUUGGCUGCUUUUUCAGGCUUUGCAGCAUGUGUAUGGCUUUAUGCAACUCCUUUGGAUGUAAUUUUCUAACCCAUCUUCAUGUUUUCAUUCUUUUCAUAGUCUAUAAUAAUAAGUAAUAUUAUGUGUAGUUUUGAGCUAUAUGAUGUAUGUAAUUAGUUUAGUGCCUCCUUUGUACUGAAAAGAGCUAUUAUGUGAUUUAAUAGAGCUUUCUUUCUACUUCAAAAACAUACAUCUUUAACUGGAAUAGCAUUUAAAGAAAUGUC